UUCACUUUUGUUUCUUAUCAGUUUAUUUCACCCAGAUGCAAUAUUUAUUGUUUGUACUGUAGUCAUAUUUUGUUGGUUUAUUGCUCGCUAAUGUUCGUUGGCUGACUGGCUUCGUCCUUAUCCAGGUGAAGAUGAAGCGCUGCGAUGCCCUCUGAUUUUAUAUCCCUCAGCUCGGAUCUCGACCUUAAUUCCCCCAAAUCCCUUUACUCUAAAGAGUCUGUGUAUGACCUCCUCCCUAAGGAGCUCCAGCUGCAGCCAUCCUCCUCCAAGACAGACACACCCACCAUGAGCCAGAAGAGUGGGGGAGAGGCCGGACAGCCCCCUUCUGCAUCCCUGGCCUCAGAUGCCACCUCCUCCACUUCCAGCCCUUCUCCAUCCUCCUCUCAAGACAUGGGAGACCCCUGCACCACUGGCCCCAGACCCAGCACAGCCCCCUCUACCUCAGCAAUGGAACAGCCCCAGCCCCCCAUCCUCCACCACCAUCCCAGCAGUGCCCCUAGAGAGGGUUCCGGAGACCCAGGGGGAUCAGAGAUGCAGGGGGUAGAGGGAGCUCUGUCUACCCUUGGAAGUGGAGGCUGCAGUGGGACCAGCUCUGGAACAGGAGGAGGAGAGCCAGGAGCAGGGGGGGUGGGAGCCCAGCAGCAGCAGCCCCAGAACACCCCCUCUAAGCGGAGGCCAGUGCUGAGCAUCUCCCCCCCUCCAGAGGACUUAUUUGAUGACAGCAAUAUGUCCUGCCAGGAGGAUCCAGCCCCGGCUGGGCCAGCAGGGCCAGACUCAGAACACAGCAGCAGCAUCUGGGCCGACGACUCAGCCUCCAACUUCAGCCUGAUCAGCUCCAGCUCCUACAACGACAACACAGAGGUCCCCCGCAAAUCCCGUAAACGCACCCCCCGCCAGCGGCCCGGGCCCAAGCCUGCACCCCCAGAGGACAGCAUGGACGUGUUUGAUGCAGACAGUGCCAAGGCCCCACACUUUGUCCUGUCUCAGCUGGGCCCAGACAAGGCCAAGCCCAGUUCUCUGGAGGCUGGGUGUCUGCUGAAGGGAUGUCUUCUGUCAGGUCAGUACCCCCAGAAGAGUGAGGGCAAGGAACUGAAGAUCCUGUUGCAGCCAGAGACCCAGCACCGGGCACGCUACCUGACCGAGGGCAGCCGCGGCUCUGUCAAAGACCGCACCCAACAGGGCUUUCCCACGGUCAAGUUAGAGGGUGUUAGUGAGCCGGUGGUGCUGCAGGUGUUUGUGGCCAGUGACACAGGCAGAGUGAAGCCUCAUGGGUUCUACCAGGCCUGCAGGGUGACAGGCCGCAAUACCAAAGCCUGCAAGGAAGUGGACAUCGAGGGAACCACUGUCAUAGAGGUCCCUCUGGAGCCCAGCAACGCCAUGUCACUAGCGGUUGACUGUGUGGGGAUCCUGAAGCUGCGUAACGCUGACGUGGAGGCUCGUAUUGGGGUUGCCGGGUCCAAGAAAAAGAGCACCCGGGCCAGGCUGGCCUUUAGAGUCAACAUCCCCCAUGCUGAUGGGUCUGUCCUUACCCUGCAGACCACCUCCUCACCCAUCCUCUGCACCCAGCCAGCGGGGGUGCCAGAGAUCCUGAAGAAGAGUCUCCACAGCUGUUCAGUGAGAGGAGGCGAGGAGCUCUUCAUCAUAGGGAAGAACUUCCUCAAAGGAACCAAGGUCAUCUUCCAGGAGAACCCAGCAGAUGAUAACUCGUGGCAGGCCGAGGCAGAGAUCGACAUGGAGCUGUUCCAUCAGAAUCAUGUGAUCGUGAAGGUUCCUCCCUACCACAACCUGUCUGUCUCCUCUCCUGUCUCUGUGGGCGUCUACAUCAUGACCAAUGCCGGGAGGUCACAUGACGUACAGCCCUUCACAUAUACCCCAGACUCAGAGCACUCCCUGGACAUGUCUGUGAAGACAGAGGGGUCUUCUCUGGCUAAGGCCUGCAGCUUCCAGGACCAGAUCAAGUCUCUGGCCUCUGACCCUGCCCAGUCUGCUGGUGAACUGGUCAAACGACAGGAGGUCACCCCUAUGGAGGUCUCCAGCAAUACCCCAUCCACAGCACUCUUCAAGCCAUCGUCUGACACCCUCGUCUCGGUCCAGCAAACCCUGGAGCUGAGCUCCAGCACCCCGCCUAGCACUGAGUCCUUCCCCAGCCCCAUGCCUCUCCAGCCUGGGGAGGUUGACUUCCCCCAGUCCCCGGUCUUCCCCUCCCUGGAGCCCCUCUGCACCAUCCAGAAGCAGGACCUCGCCCCCACCACCUCCUUCCCUGUCUCCAGCGACAACACCACCCUCCCCCCUGUCCCCCCAGAGGUACCCCAGCAGUUCCUCCGGGACCCCCAGGAGAGCCUGCCUCAAGAUUCCUCCAACCCCAGCAGUGAGGUGGUGGUAGUGGGCAUGUCCCAGAUGGCACCCCACUCCCAGCCCCAGCUCCCCCUGUUCCCCCAGGACGGGGUGGCCCAGCUGGAGAGGGCAGUAAGGGAGCUCCAGGCAGGGGGAAGCGACCUGGUACAACAGGUUAUGGAGGCAGCAGUGGCUCAACAGCAGCUCAACUCAGUGUUGUACAGCCCCACACCCUCCACUGACUCACUGCAGCAACACGUACAGGACACCAUGAACAGCCUGAGACUGGGGGGAGCUGAGGGCUCUCUGGCCACACAACACCUACAGAUACAACAGCAACAACAGCAGAUCCUUGGCAACAUGCAUCAACAGCAGCAGCAGUUACAUCAACAGCAAGUCCUUGGCAACAUACAGCUACAACAGCAAUUAUUAUUACAGCCACAGGAUCAACAACUGCAGCAACAGAUACUGGGUAACCUACAACAACAUCAACAGUUUCAGCAGCAGCAGGUACUUGGAAACAUACAGCUACAUGAUCAUCAACAACUUCAGCAGCAGCAACAAGUACUGGACAACCUACAACAACAAAACCAAGCACUAGGCAACAUGCAACAGCACCAGCUACAUCAACAACAGUUACAACAGCAGCUCCAGACUGAGCUCCUCCAGCCCCAGAUCCACUCAGCUCAGCCCCAGCAGCAGCCUGUGUCUCUCCUCCAGAAGACUGGGGAGCUGCUCACCAUCCAGACCUCCAGCUUCCCCCAGGAGCCCCACUCCCACUCCUCUCCUCCCCAGCAGCUCUUCCAGUCCCCCAGGCCUCUGUCAGAGACCUCCAGCCCCCAGCACCAGGCUGCCCUGCUGCAGAACACUCUGACUGUGCUGACCAGUGGUAGCCUCAGUCAGGAGCAGCAGGCCACAGGGUCCACACUGUUCCUUUCUCCCAACACUCUCUCUAACCAGGGUAGUCAACAGCAGCUAGCGUUCCUGUCCUCCAUGGAGACAUCAGCCUGUGAGCCCCAGACGAUGUCAAUGUUCCAGGCCCAGCAGCAGCAGAGCACCCCCAUGGACCAUCAGCAGUCCCUUCAGCAGACACAACUACAGCAAACCCAGCAGCUUCCCAUGGCUCAGCAGAGCUCCUUGUUCCAGACUAGCACUCUGCCCCCCAGCCAGCACCCUCAGCCCCAGCCCACCGGCCUCCUCCUCUGCACCGCCUCCCUCAAACCCCAGGCUCUGCCCCCAGCCCUCCUCUUUAGUACCCAGGCCCAUGGCUCCUCCAACAGCACCCCUUGCCCCCAAGACAGCCCUGCUUCCCUCUUGUUCUCCCAGCCCACCAUGGUGGGGGUCAGGGUUGAGGUGGCCCAGACAGACCCAGUAGAGCCCAUGUUAUUCCAGGACCAGAGCUCCUCUGUAGGGGGGACCCCUGCCCCCAGAAAUACCCCUCCGCAGGGUCUGUUCCAGGGGCAGCAACCUAUGCAGGUGGGCUCCAGCUCAGUUAGUGGCCCUCCCAGCCAGCAGGUGGAGCUGUUCCUGCCACAGGGUUCUCUUUCUGGUCUGCAGGGCAGCAUGGCCACACAGGAACUAGGAAACCAGGCUGCAGCAGGGGAAACUAUCUUUGUAAUGCAGAGUGGGCUGGGGGUUGUGGGACUGCAAAGUACCACAUCCUCCCCUGGUAAGAGACCCCCAGAGCAGCUGUUCCAGAUGGGAGUGAACGGGAACGUUGGCCAGCCAGGAGGACAACCCAAUCUGUUUGUGUUUGGCCUCCAGAACGAUUCCUCCCAGCUGAUGACGUCCUCUGGUUCUACAAUGUCUGCCCAGAGCCAGCCCCAGAACCACAACCCUUUGCAGGCCAGCCACAUCCAGCCUCUCAUGGACCCAAACAUGGCCCAGACCACCACACCCAUGCAGACUAAUCUUCAGACACCCAUGCAGACUGGUCUACAAAACGCCAUGAGUAGCUUAGAAAAUGCCUUGCAGGCCAACCUACAGACCCCAAUGCAGACCAACAUACAGACUGCAAUGCAGACCAAUAUACAGACUACCAUAGAAACAACCCCCAUGCAGACCAACCUCCAGACCCCCAUGCAGACCAACCUCCAGACCCCCAUGAGCACCUCCCAGAACAUGGAGAAGAUAGAGGACCUGCUGGAGAGCCUACAGGAGCAGUGAUCUUUACUGGGACCACCGAUACACUGAUGGGGGUUCUAGUGACUUCUGCCCACUCUUUGAACCCCAGACUGGGCCAGGUUGUGUCUGCUGCUUACAAUACAACCCCUCCAAGCAACACAGAUAUGGAGAAAGGGGGUAGAGAUGUCUGGCCAUGCUAUGAACCCCCUAAGAACAUGAAGUAAUGAAGACAUUUUAAAGAUUUGAUCAGAUGUGCUCGUGUACCCCCAGGUGAUAUUUUGAUGAGUGUCUGUACAUGCAUUCAUAGACAGAGAGAUGGCCGGGCAGACGCCGUUAUGAUGAAUUGGUUGAGUGACUACUCCUCUUGCUGGAUCAGAGGACAGUAACUCCUGUAUCCAUCAGUCUCACACAUGCAGUGGUUCUUCUAUUUCAUACUAUACUAUGUUGUUGAUGGCCUAACGGGUGGGGGAGAAGGAGCAGGAGAGGGAUACAGAAAGCUGGAGCAAAAGAGCAAGACAGAUGGUGCAUAGAUUGUGAGAUUUAAAAGCAAGAGAGUGAAAGAGAAGGGCAGCCAGAUGAAGGCAUCUUGCUGUAUUCUUGUGAGUGUACAGUUUCAGUCAGAUCAUACAGCAGUCAGUGUAUCUGUCCAACAUAUCUCUUCUUUUGGCACUUCCCAUAGUCUGCAUUUAGUUGCGUAUUAGUACACACAGGCUUUCUCCAUUGUAAUGCUUAAUUUGCGUAUGUUCUGCAACUUGUGUUUGUGGGGGGAUUUUAGAAUUGGAUUUGGAAGCAUUUCCAGUAUAUUGUGAAUGGAAGGAUGCUUUCUACUGGGGAAAGUGAAGCGUUGUGUGGUGUUAUAAACAUUAAGCACUUUAUAAACUGUCUUGUGUGACCAGCCAAUCCUUAUAUCCAUCCAGAGGCUCUGGGGUUAGAGCACAUGUACUUGUCAACUUCCAUUUAAAUAAUCAUUUGUAAUGCUUUUUGUCAAGGUAUACAUUUUAACACAUUGCCCAUGCAUUUAUACAUUUUCACCAUAUUUUUGGGGUAAUAAUUUAGAUUUUUCUAAAGAUGUUUUUGUCUUAGUGUUGAAUUCAUCUGAAGCCUAUUUAUAUCAAGUGAUCCAGUCAGUGUCGGUCUGUCAAUUCAGUCGGAUUUCCCAUAGUGAGUAUACAGUCUUCGUUUUGAUGUCUGUGUGUAACUAGCUCCUGUUCGUAGGCUUGCAUAUCUCUGCCUACACCCCCACAAAACAUUUAUAAUUUAAGUCGAUACAUUGUGUGUACACAUACAUGAGUGGGUGUGUCAUUUUUCUAAAGGAUUUACAGCAUAUUGCUAUCUGUAGCCUACAAUUUACUGUGUACUGUAACAAUCUGUGUAAUUUAACAGACUGUGUUUUACCUUGUGCGUGGUUGUAGUUUUUAGUUGGUUUCUGGUUCAUGUACUGACAGAUGUUGAACUAGUACUCCCAGUGUUCAGGGCAGAGCUGUGCGAAAUAGACACGCAGUACCUCUCCCAUGCAACGUCACUAGGGACUGACAGCAACACAAAGGCUGUUCCAAUAUCCGCACUAGCAUACCAUUUCCUAUGGACUUCCACAGCCAAAGUAGUCUAUUGGUAUGCUAUGCCUGUAUGGGCAUUGGAACAUGCGCAUAAAAUCUCUUACUGGCAACUCAAUUCAGAUCUUUUUCCACUAAUUGGUCUUUUGACAUCAGAUCUUUUUCAGUGAUCUGUUUGGUCAAAAGACCAAUUAGUGAAAAAAAUAUCAAUUGGGCUGCCUAUCUAAACACAGCCAUGGCGAGAGCCAUUCUCAUGUUAUCUAUGGUGCUAUGUGCAGAUGUGAUGGACACUUCUAAUGCGAUGUUUAUACUAAUAUUUUAUACUCAUAUCAACAGAACUGAUAUUUAUGUUGUGGUUCAGUCUUGUGUUUCUAUAGUGAUGGCUGUGAGCAGGCAGCGUGAGGGGUGUGUAUCUGGACAAAACAUAUGUUCUGUUCAAAACAUCUUGUUUACUCAUUCCUACUUUUUAUUUUUUUACUCAUUUUAAAUCAUGCAGCUUUCAUGGAUAUUAACAUUGUGUUUUUGUACAAAUAUUUUAAAUUACAUUUGUAAGGUACUCUCC